AUGUUGUCAAUACCAUCGAGGAUACGAUUAGGCACAUUAUCCCGUCUCUCGCACCGCCUAAUGUCGUCUGUGGCUCUCCCCCUGCAACCACCAACGCCAGACGAGGAGGUGAAGGAGUUCUCGGAACGCACAUCGGACGUUGCAGCCUACUUUGCCAGCCCCCGUUUCAAGGACAUACGACGCCCCUACGAUGCUGCUGCCGUCGCGUCUAAGCAGGGAUCUUUACCGGUGCUACCGAUACCCACGAACCUGCUCGCGGACAAGUUGUUCGGCAUACUCAGCAAGGCAGCUGCCGAGGGGAAGCCCGUACACACUAUGGGUGCCAUCGACCCGAUCCAGAUGACGCAGAUGGCGAAGAACCAGGAGGUGGUGUACAUCUCGGGGUGGGCAGCGUCGAGUGUAUUGACGACUGGGAACAAUGAAGUAGGGCCGGAUCUGGGCGAUUACCCGUAUACGACCGUUCCGAACCAAGUGCAUCGCAUCUUCCGCGCGCAACAGCUACACGACAAGAAACACUAUGACGAACGCAUGUCGGCUACGCCAGAAGAGAGGGCGAAGAUGGAGUACAUAGACUACCUCAGACCCAUCAUUGCUGAUGCUGACACCGGGCAUGGCGGAUUGUCUGCUGUGAUGAAGCUCGUGAAGCUGUUUGUCGAAUCAGGAGCGUCUGCUAUACAUCUCGAAGAUCAACUGCACGGGGGCAAGAAAUGCGGUCAUCUAGCUGGCAAGGUCCUCGUCCCGACGUCGACGCACACCUCCCGCCUGAUCGCCUCGCGCUUCCAAACGGAUCUGAUGCGCUGUCCUAUGCUCCUGAUCGCACGUACGGACUCCGAGUCCGCGAAGCUGCUCUCAUCCACGGUCGACGCGUCCGACCACGAGUUCAUCAUCGGCACCACUACCAAGGACGUCAAGGCGCUCGCGGAAGUGCUUGCCGACGCGGAGGCCAGCGGUGUGAGCGGCGCUGAGAUCGAUGCGUUAGAGCAGAAGUGGACCGCGAGCGUUAACUUGUGCACGUUUAACCAAGCGAUCAAGGGAUCGAGCCUCAAUGAUCCCGAUGCCGCGUAUCAGGCGUACAUCGAGGCCGUCGCUGGGAAGUCAAACUCUGAAGCACGGGAAAUCGCCAAGGACAUCCUGGGUGAAAGCGUCUACUGGGACUGGGACCUGCCCAAGACGAAGGAAGGAUACUAUCACUACACCGGCGGUGUCGAGGCUGCGAUCAAACGCACGAUGACAUUCGCGCCGUACGCCGACCUGCUGUGGCUCGAGACCAAGACGCCCGAUCUGGAGCAGGCGCGCUACUUCGCGCGCAAAAUCCGCGCCAAGUACCCCGGCAAGUGGUUCGUCUACAAUCUGAGCCCCAGUUUCAAUUGGUCGGCGCAUGGGUUCUCCGAGGCGGACCUGAAGAACUUCGUUUGGGAGCUGGCUAAGGAAGGGUUUGUCCUCCAACUCAUCUCUCUAGCUGGUCUUCACAGCAACGCCGUCACUACUGCUGAGCUCUCCGCGCGAUACAAGACCGACGGCAUGCUCGCGUACGUCCAGCUCAUCCAACGCAAAGAAAAGGAGAUCGGCUGCGAUGUUCUUACGCAUCAAAAAUGGAGCGGGGCGAACUACAUCGACAGGAUCUUGUCUAGCAUCUCCUCCGGGUCGUCUAGCACAUCUGCGAUAGGGAAAGACUCGACAGAGCAUUCGUUCUAA